AUGCGCAUUCUCUGUCUCCACGGCCACACGCAAACGGGGCCCGUCUUCGAAAGAAAGACGCACCGGUUGCAGCAGCACAUCCAGAUAGCGUUCCCAAAUGCCUCCUUCUACUUCCCAACGGGAGAAAUCUCAUACAAAGUCUCGGACAGACUGGACUAUCUGCAAGACAUCCAAAGAGAAAGAUCCGAUACCUUCAAAGACCCAGACGAAAUCGACACCCAUGCCUGGUUCCGGCUACACGAAGACGAUCCACCAACAGGCCUGCUCGACAGCAUUAACAGGGUAGCCGAGAUACUACGCACAGAAGGCCCCUUUGACGGCAUCAUCUGCUUCUCCCAAGGCUCCGUAGUCGGGGGCAUGGUUGCAUCUCUCCUUGAGGGACCUCGACGACGCCAAAGAUUCGAAGAAUACGCCGCCACAUUCCCAGAUGCCGUGCGGUAUCCAGAGCCCUACAAAGACCUCGAUCACCCACCCUUCAAAUUCGGCAUCACAUACGGCGCCUACAUGGGCGUCAGCCCCGUCUUCUCCGCCUUCUACGAAAACCCCAUCAUCGAGACCCCCUUCCUCCACUUCAUGGGAGAAUUCGACCCCGUCGUGCCAUCUGAGAUGGCCGCCGCAGUAGACAAAGCACAGAUUGGGGGAGCUCGACGGCGGAAAAUCAUGCAUCCAGGGGCUCACGCAAUCCCCAUCGGUGCUGAAUACCACGAGGCUGUGGUUGACUUUAUCCGGUCUGUCGGUGAUGGCUCGUACUUUAGCCUUCCCACCAGUAUUCCUGAAGAGGGCGUUCCAUCACUGGAUUACCACGACUCGCCAGACCAGACACCUAUCCAGACGCCCUUGUUGACGCCGUCGCUGGCUACGGCAGCCACAUCAACACCGCUGCCAUCUACUGAAGAGCCUCUCCUGGCGUCUGAAAAGCUAGACCGAUGGCGGAAAUCGCGGAGCCCGCGCAGACCUAUCUCACGUCGUGGCCGUUCAUUCUUCUCUGGCCGGAGGUCCACCAGCUCUAGUGCUGUAUCCAGAGCUGAAUCGCAACAUUCAGACGUUACUCAAAUACAGGCACCGUCUGAGUUCGACUCUGUCUCGUCUUCAACAGGCAAAGACCCUGGCGGGGUUGUUACAGUGGUGGAGGAGGACAUGAUGGAGCCGGGAUACGACACAGAGGACUGGCAGGAGCUGAUGCUGUCAGAUCUGCUCAACAUGAUACUCAGGCGGCAGGGCCGGCCUGGGAAAUUCUACUUUGUGCCAGAUGGGGGAGACGGUGAGGGCUUGGUGAAUGGGAUGGGGAUGGGUUUAGAGUAG